AUGGAAUCGAACCCGAGCUCCGGUGGUGUUCUCCGUCGAUUGGCACCGUCGUCGUCGUCGUCGAGGUAUUAUCCAUACGCUGCUUCAGAUAAGUCCGCUAGGAAAGAGGAGAUAAGAGAGGAGGUGAUCCGACUAGGAGUCGAGUUCUUGCUCUGCGACGACAUUCGCACCAUGCUAUGGUUCUGCUUCAAGUGUUGGAGAGAUCAACACGUGUCCCCGAAUCCCGUGUUAGAGAGGCUGCUUCGUGUGAUGCAUUUCGUCUACCUGAGAGACAUCAAACCGAAGAAGGGCGUCUUCAAGAACCAUGGAAACUCGGCGCAGUGGAGACUGGUCAAGACCACUUGGGAGGGGUUUUACAACGGAAUCAUGGUUAUGGAUCGGUUUGUUAUGGCUCUGAGAAGGAAAAGUAAAACUUAUGACGAUCGGCUGCUUUUGUCGGGUAUCGUGAGUUACAAGCAAGAGGUGUUCAAGAGUCUGGUGGAUAAACUUAGGUCAGCGAAACAUGUCUCGGAGGCGAAUGGGUUUCCGAGGGAGACGAUAGAGUCUGAGAUACUCGACUUGUGGAAGUCUGUCUUUGAUGAAGAAGCUAAAGAAGCGACAGAGACUCUCCAGGCGGUGAGGAAUGGGGUUAUCAACGACCUGUUUAGGGCAAUUUCGGGGAAACCACAACAUAGAGCGAUACAAGCACUGCCUCCACAUUCUCAUUACGUUUUAGGGAUUGAGUUUGUGAAGGAGCACCUGAAAGAGGAAGUUGUGCAACUAGGGUUUGAGCUGUCGCUAUUAGUGGCUGAGUCCAUGGUGUUGCUGUGUGAUGAUGACAUUCGUAGCGUGUUAUGGUUCUGCUUCAAGUUGUGGAGAAACGCAACGAGGAAGCGGGACUGUGAGAGUCCAGUGGUGGGGAAGCUGCUCUGUGUGAUGCAUUAUGUCUACUCACAGCAUAUCAAACCCAACAACGGAGGAAGAAUAGAUGAGAAGAAUGAUGAUGGCAAUUCGGUGCAGUGGGAAUUGAUCAAGACCACUCUCAAGGAUCUCUCUGCUGGGUACAGAGAUCUGGAUAGCCUUUUCUCGGUUCUUAGAGGAGAAGAAUGCUGUUUAGUUGGCGUGGUGUUGCCGUAUAGAGUUGAAGAAGCGGUGAACAAGGUGGAUGACAAGUUGAGUUGUGCCAAACAAGGGAAUGGGUUUGCGAGGGAAGCCAUGGAGUCUGACAUUAUGCAACUGUGGAAGUCUAUCUUUGACAAAGAAACUGAGGAAGCAUGGAGAGUUAAAGUGAAGAUGAGUAGGAUUCUCAGUGACCUGUUUAAUCCUCUAUUGGAAGACACAGAAAAAGAUUAG